CACCUCUUUCGGCCCGAAUCAACUCUUUCGCAAACAUGUCGGAGAGAGUAAAAGAAGUUGCGAAGGAGGACUUCGAGCAGGCCAAAGUGCUGGCGCAGGAUGCCGUGCGCUCUGGCGCGUACCUCUAUCCCUUCAAGGGUAUUGUCUACUUCUUCUCUCACCGUGCGCUAUGGCGUCCUCUCGCAGCAAAGCUUGUCCCCACCAUGUCUCUCGGCCUGGGUGUCACAAUCUUCAUGUUUGCUGUCACCUACGUGCCACAAGCCGCAGUCCUCGCCAUCUUCAACGGUCCGCUCGCUGUACUUACAACGUUUCUGCUUGUCCUCAGCGAAUCCUCCACCAUUUUCUCCAUCUUGAGCAAGAACUUCCUCAUUGACGAUGCCCUCAUCGACACAUUUGACGGCACCCUACUUUGCCGCAACAUGACAUCGUUGGUCUCAACCGAGCGCCAGAUCAAGUCUGGCAGCGACCCAGUUGCAAAACUGGGUAAGCUUGUGUCCAAGCCAUUUGCCAAAUUCACGCCCAAAGCCAUGAUCAGAUAUCUCAUGUACCUCCCGCUCAACUUCAUCCCCGUCUUUGGCACUGUCCUCUUCGUCAUUCUGCAGGGACGCAAGUUUGGCCCCACAGCACAUGCACGCUACUUCCAGCUCAAGCAGAUGAAGCCGCGUGAGAAGCAAGACUUUAUCGAGAAUCGCAAGGCAGCAUACGCAAGCUUCGGUGUCCCCGCUGUCUUACUCGAGCUCGUCCCCAUCGUCGGCAUCUUCUUUUCCUUCACAAACACCGUUGGCGCAGCACUGUGGGCUGCCGACAUGGAACAGGGGAGGCAGAGCGGCCAGAGCAGCACUGCGCCGGGCCUGCGCAACCAGGCUGAGCUAGCCAAGAAGGCCGAGUAGUGAGCCAGGUCACUGCUCAGAUUGCUGUUCGACAGCUUUCAACCCAUGCUAAUCAGCUGAGGUGAAGGGACUUUCAGCCACAUGUCCACUUUGGCCCCGAUGUAUGCUAUCAAUAUCCAUGGAAGCCUCCAUAGGCGAGAGGCAACCUAUUAGGCUGGCCAUGAAUGCCUAUGAGUGCCAAAGGGCUAGUCUGAGAGGAGAGGAGUAAUGGGAUAAUACAUGAGGUGGUGGGCGUUGCACACACCCGAUUCGCACACCUUGCGGUGCUCAAUGAAUAUAUAAUAGGCAAUGAGAUAUGACUUUAUGAG